AUGACUACUAUUUACUCUCUGUCUAACAUACGCCACGCCGCUGCAAGCGUUCAAGUCCAGCCUGUCAGCUCAAUCUCACGAAAAUCUUCACUAAAAGCCAAACUCAGUCGCGUCCGGUCUUCCAUUCGAGUCGUUUACUUCAAGGAGUGCUUUUACGAAGUCUACGGCACGCUGGGACUGGUCAUGCUUCUAGCUUUCACGCUGUCGUUCCUCGCCAUGGUGUACAUGACAGUGGCGCAAGUAAUGCCCAACUGGAUGGCGAACUUCCUGAUGGGCACGGCAAGUCUCGACAAGGGCGAGUUCCUGCUGAUGUCCAAGCCAUCGCAAGCUAUUGUCGUGACGUCUGCGUUGAUGCUAUCGGUGUUCGCCUGCUUGUACCUCUGGCUGAUCGUCUUCAUGCUCUCGUACAACAGUGAAACCACUGUCAACAACCUGGCUCAAGCUCCGAAUCCAAAAUCGCUAUCGUAUCAUGUGAUGCAAAAGUUGCUGCCACUAUUGAAGCGUAUCCAGGCCCAAACGAGACGCACACCAUACCAGACACCAGCCGCGGUUGUGACUACUCCGCCAAAGAAGAGAUCAUUCGAAAACUUGGGAAUGAAACGGAAUAAGCCCGAUCCGAUGCUUGUGGUUGCUCGAGUGUUUUAUCUAUUUGACCUCUUUUUUGCAGUAUUCGCCCCCAUCGUAAUGCUGCUCUACUCGUACUACAAUUUCAACAUGGAGCGGGCGAACUUCGCCACCCGAGAGGAGACUUUAACCCCAGGCAGCUUCGACCGGAUCGCACGAUUAUUUGCUGACCCAAUCCAGGUCCAAAUGGCCAAAACGAGCCUCGCGAACUUGCAGAUCACGGGCGGAGAAUACAUCCUGGUCAAGUGUUUCUUGAACCUUUUGGGCAUUUACAAGUGGAAGAAGGUCAUUGCACACCUUAUACUUGCCAACCGCGCUCGGCGAGAAGAGAAGAACGGUGCCAAGGCUCACGCCCAUCCACACUCGAGAGUGCAUACCAUGAUUGGUGGCAUCGUAUUCAUCUGCUGCAGUGUGGGAAUUGCUAUCUACACAGCACUCGCUCUGUCAACGAGCAUCACCAACUGCUCCCCAUACACACAUUGUCCAGUGUAUUCGUAUCGCUGGGAGUGGGGUCAGAAAUCGACUUGUCCCUGUAUUGUCUUCAUCGAUCGCGAACUGGCGCCGAAAACCUACGACGCGUGGAUUAAUGCCCCCGACGUGACGGAUUCUCUGAGUGCGCUGGCAUCGAAUGGGCAUUUACAAACCGUACAAAUCAUCAAUCGAGCGUUGCCUGAGCUUCCCGAGGCGCUGCGCCAGUGUACAAACCUAAAGGAUCUGCACGUCGAAAACGACUUCUUGCAUUCAAGCUUGCAGUACCUACCGCCUGAUCUUUUCACCGACAUGCACAGCCUACGCUUCAUCCGCACGGGUGGAGCGGAGCUGCCCAACCUCGACGAUCUCUCCGGUCUUACCACCCUUUACAUCGCGGACGCCAUCCACGUGAAGCGCCUACCAUCUCUCAUUGGCCUCACGAGUCUCAAGAACUUUGCCAUCUUCCGACGCAACGAAAUCUGCUGCAACGGGUGGGCCACGGGCUACUGCGACCUCACCAACUUCCAGUGCCUGUCUCGAGCGAACGAGCCGGCGGUGCAAUGCGUGAGCGACCGGAUCCCAGCUGAAGACCUGGAGGUGGUGGAUCGCAUCGACGGGUUUCUAUGCGGUACGAACAUCACGCAGGACUUGGAGGCGUCGGAACCGUCGUUGCAGUCCACAGACGGAGUGUGUCAAGGGGUACUGUACCGGGAGUGCUACCUGAAUGGAACUCGCGGCAUCUGCUACAAUGGGCGCAUGCAGGUGGUGCAUUGCGACGUGUUCGGCGAGUACGAGAAGAUGCGGCGGCUUCAAAUUGCCAGGGGAGUGGGCGACAAGUGCGACCCCGAGGUCGAGGCGUGGCUGGGCUGCCAUGAUGAGUGA